CUUGAGUCGCGUAUAAAAAGAAAAGUACGACCCCCCGCACCACUCUAGUAGUACCGGUGCCAUCGACCACGAGUGACAAUGUUCAGAUACGUGGCUGUGAUUGCUCUAGUGGCAUCAUCUUUAGCACAAGACUUCGACUAUGAUCAACCCCGACCUGCGCCAGCUAGAGUAAAACCAAAUUAUUCCGGUCCACAACAAUCGAAUGCCCCCAGGGUCGCACCAGUUGCAAUCAUUAAACAAAUUGACAGACAUAACGAUGAUGGUUCCUACACUUACGGGUACGAGUCUGCCGAUGGUUCCUUUAAAAUAGAGACCAAAGCUCCAACCGGAGAGGUCAGGGGGAAAUACGGGUACGUCGACGACCUUGGUAAAAUGAGAGUUAUCGAAUAUGGUGCUACCAAACAUGGAUUCGCUCCUGCUGGCGAAGGUAUUACUGUUCCCCCACCGACUUUGGUGGACGAAACCACCGACAAAACUGGCAACCUUCUUCCAGAGUACUCCGGCGCUUACGAUCAAGGCAAUAACGAUCCAGAACCAGUAAGGACACAACAGUCUUACAACAGGCCAAGACCCAUUGAACUCGCUUCCAACAGUUUCUCCAGUAACUUCGGAAGUGCCUCGGCUGCUCCAGCUCCAAGACCCGCUCCAAGACCGGCCCCCUUGGAGUAUUCGCCACCUCAAACUUUUGAACCCGCGCCACGUCCAGCUCCAGCUAGGCCGGCUCAAGCUGCCCCAGCUCCGAAUCCUCAAAGCUACACCGUAGACUUCCCCAACUCAAACGUUCCAUCAAGACCUGCUUUUGCCCCAGCCCCGGUACCUGCUAGGCCAGCUUUCUCUAAUGCUGCUCCAGCUCCGGUAGACUUGGGAAUACCUACAAGGGCUGCUCCACCUCCAAGGCCACAACAAUCGUUUGCUCCCGCACCAGUUUCGAGACCGGCUCCUCAAUACAGACCUCAACCAUCAGCCGGUAGAGCAAGUGGGGGUUCCAUUUUGGACCAAUUGAGCAAGGAUUAUGCUUUGCCCCAGGGUAACGCCAACCCCGUACACGAUAUUAGCUUUGGAUUCUUUUAAUUUAAGUUAAACAAAAAAAAAAUAGGGUUUUUAAAUUGAAUUAAUUUUACUAUAACAGUUAUGGGGUUUUUUGAGAUAGAAAAUAUGUCGUUGUCUUCUUCUUUCUUUUUUUUUCUUCUGUUUUUAAUUGCCACUUUAUUUUCCGAGAAGCUAUCUGUAUCUUCUAUUGUUUUUUGCCUAUAAUAUAUUUUAAGGAAUAAUUAGAUAUUUCAACUAUAGAUUAUGUUUGAACGUGAGAAAAGUGCCGAAUUCAAUGACGGAAUGGCAAGUGUCCUCUUCAGGUUUGGAACAAAUCAAUGAAGAAUUCAACUGUCUAAAAGAAACUGAACAAUUAGCUGGAUGAAGUUGACUAAGAAUGGAAUUGCUUGAAAGUAAAUCUGAAAAAAAAACAGUUUUUAGUUUCAAGGUGAUAGAGGCAUUCUGCCACUGGAUUUGACACCAAAGCAAAUAUUUGAGAAAUCCAUUGAUCAUAGUUGAACGACUAGACUCGUAUCAUUUCCUCUUUAUCCUAUAUUCGUUCCUUCUUGUAUACUUUCAAUUCUAAGUUCUUCAACUUUUUUCUCUCCUUUCUUUGUUUCACCCAUAAGCUUGCCUGUUUUUUUCUCUUUUCUGCUUUGCUAUUUCCCGCUUGUUAAUACUUGGUUAGUUUUGUCUAUGUUGAUCAGACAGAUCGAAACUCGUCAGAUUUACUACAUGGAAUAAUGAACUUUCUUAGUUCAAAUUUCAGGGUGAUAGAGACAUUCUGCUAUUGAGUUCGGCACCAAAGCAAAUGAUUCAAAAAAUUUCAAUCAUAUUUCAACGAUUAAACUAGUAUUAUUGCUUCUCUAUCCUAUUUUCUAUCAGCAAAAGUUCAUUUUAAAAGAAAGGGUCUAAGAAAAGUUGAAACCUAUUCAAUGGACGUUCUUAGUUGCAAACGCUAAAAUCAAUUUUCAAUUCUAUGGUUAUAGAGGCAUUCUGCCAUUGAAUUCAGCGCCACAGCAAUUAUUCAUGAAGGUCGAUAAUUCAAAAGAUUCCAAUCAUAUUUCAAUGAUUAAAUUAGUAUUAUUUCUUCCAUUUAAAUAGAAAAAGUCUAAGAAGUGUUGAAUCCUGUUCAAUGGACAUUUUUAGUUGGAAAAGCUGAAAACAGUUUAAAAUUCUAAGGUGAUAGAGGCAUUCUGCCAUUGAGUUCGGCACCAAAGCAGAUAUUCGAAAAAUCCAAUGAUUCAGAGGAGUUCAAUCAUAUUUAAAUGAUUAACUCGUAUUAUUUUUUCUCUAACCUAUUUUCUAUAACUGAAAGUCAGUUUUAAUAGAAAUAGUCUCAGAAGAGUUGAAUCCUGUUCAAUGGACGUUUUUAGUUGCAAAAGCUGAAAACAGUUUAAAAUUAUAAGGCAAUAGAGAUAUUCUGCCAUUGAGUUUAGCACCAAAGGAGAUAUUUGAGAAGUCCAAUGAUUCAGGAGAUUCCAAUCAUAUUUAAACUCGUAUUAUUUCUUCUCUAUUCUAUUUUCUAUGAACAAAAGUCAAUUUUAAUACAAAGAGUCUAAGAAGAAUUGAAACCUAUUCAAUGGACGUCCUUCAUUGGAAACGCUAAAAUAAAUUUUUAAUUCUAUGGUGAUAGAGGCAUUCUGUCAUUGGAUUCGGCACCAAAGCAAAUAUUCAUGUAAGUCGACGAUUCAAAAGAUUCUAAUUAUAUUUGCACGAUUAAAUUCGUAUUCUUUCACUUGUAAUGUUUUGCUUUGAUUUUUUCUCCUUUAUUAGUCGUCUCUUUAUUUCGAUACUUUUCUUUCUUCACCCUUAACCUUGCAUAUUUUUUCUCUUUUCUGUUCUGCUAUUUCUCUUGUUUACUAUAGAUGUUAGUACUUGGCUGGUUUUGUCCAUGUUCUUUUAUUACUUUUUUGAAGUAUUUUCCCAGUAUUUCCAAAUUUUCCUUCAAUGUUUUUGGAUCUAUAACUUCUUUCUUCUAUCUGAGAAUUUUCCUUGGUUCUAACUUAGUAUUAAAUUAAUUACCUUGACUUUUAUAAUUAUUAUUGAUUUAUCACUUUAUUUAUCACAGAAAUAAUCAAUUUAAAAAAAAAAAAAAUCUAACAAGAGUUAAAACUUGUUUAAUUGCCUGGAAAAAAUCAUGAAAGAAUUUCUUCCUGAAAAUUCAUUACAUUUACUAUAUGGACGUUUUUUUCAAAAUUUGAAAACAACUUUUCAAUCUAAGCUGAUAGAGGCAUUCCGCCAUUGAAUUCGGCACCAAAGCAAAUAUUCGAGAAAUCCAAUGAUCAUAUUUGACUUAUUCAACUCGUAAGAAAAAAGUGCUGAAUCCAAUGAUGGAAUGGCAAGCGUCAUUCAAAUCCAAGUUAGAUGUGAAAAAAAUAAAGAAAUUGAUGUGGUGCUGUUUUAUAAUUAAUAAUUUUCUAUGCUUUUUUUUUCUUCACUCUUUAUCUUUCCUUUACUUGGUGCACUUUGGUUUCUCCUCUUUCCUAUUUCUUUCUAACCUUUCCUUAAAUAAUAUCUCUUUUCCUUCAUCCUUCUUGCAUGCUACACCUUUUAUCUCUUUCUUAUUCUCUUCUAUAUCUACAUACUGUCCUUUUUUUCGUCUCUAUACAAAAAUAUUUUCUACCUCAAAAGAACACCUGUAUUUCAUAUAACUUUAUACGAGACUGUACAUUAUACUCUAUAAUUCACUGAAACUAAAAUAUUUUUAGGAAACAUACCUUUGAAAAUAAUUUAUAAAAUGUAUAAACGAACGUGAUUUCUACCAUUUAUAUAAUAUGUGUAUGUAAAUAUAUUUUGUUAUGUAUAAUAUA